GGUGACUGGAGGGGACCGUUUCUCAUUACUCAAAGGGAUGGAGCCUGGCUUAAGAGGUGGAUUCGACUGGCAGCUCCCACCAAAUGUGCUGUAGCUGCAGAUGGGAAGAAAGCAGCCUUGAGACGUCUCUCCAGCAAGGCGAGAGCCACGGAGUGAUUCAUCGCUAAGGCAAUCGGAGUCAAGAUGGAGCGGCAAAGAUUUAAUCGGCUGGGAGAAGAGAGAGGAAAAGCCCGUUUGGAGUAGAUGGAGACCUUGUGGGCAGGAAUGUGGACUGCUGCAGGCAAGGGGACAAAGUUCGUUCUGUGAGGGGGCAAGUGGGAGCUGUAACCGAUGGCUUCUGUGCAGAAGUCUUGCUGUCACACCUGGGCUCUUGAGGCUUCAUAAUAUGGAACCUUCAUCUCUUCCUGGAACUCAGCACCUAUACCAGGGUUUGCGUCUUUGACAGACACGCUUGUGGGUGAGGAACCAGGACGUGAGUGGCCUUUGCAGGGUUCAGACAAGGGCAAGGAUGCUCGCCUUGAGUAUGAGCUGCAUGCUGCUGCCAAGGCUCUGUUUCCUCUUGCCCAUUGCCCCCCUCAAGCCGCCGGGCCCCACCUUCACGGCAUCCCAGAAGAACGCCACUCUGACUUCCACCAGCUUCCACCCGCUAUGGAAGGUCAAGCACCUUGGUGGCCCUGGGGCCGUGAGAUCCAGUUGUCGCCCUGGACCUUCUUCCAUUUGAAAAAGGGAUUUACGGGGAGGCGCUUUUGAGGACCGGGGAACCUCGGCUGCGAAGGAUGAGCGCCAUCAAUGGGGCUGGAGUCCUCGUUGGCCUUACAACAGUGUCUGUCACGCUGGACUUCAGCCUGCACGGCGGUCUGAUGGCCUGGCCGCUCAGCCACAAUCUGACUCUGAAUCAGAGUUCGCCGACGUCUGACCCUCUGAAUGUCUCCGAGGGGGCCGAAGUCUCUCGCAAGUCCAUCAGGGAGAAGAACUGGCCGGCCCUCCUCAUCUUGAUCAUCAUCCUGCUGACCAUUGGAGGGAACAUUUUGGUCAUCAUGGCGGUCUCCUUGGAGAAGAAGCUCCAAAAUGCGACUAACUACUUUCUGAUGUCUUUGGCAGUGGCAGACAUGUUGGUGGGGAUCCUCGUCAUGCCGGUGUCCCUCAUCACCAUUCUCUACGAUUAUGCUUGGCCUCUGCCUAAACAACUGUGUCCCAUCUGGAUCUCCCUAGAUGUGCUCUUUUCCACUGCCUCUAUCAUGCACCUCUGCGCUAUCUCACUUGAUCGCUAUGUCGCCAUCCGUAACCCCAUUGAGCACAGCCGGUUUAAUUCCCGCACCAAGGCGAUUAUGAAGAUUGCUGCCGUCUGGACUAUCUCCAUAGGGAUCUCCUUGCCUAUCCCCGUCAUCGGCCUGCAAGACGAUUCCCGAGUGUUUGUGAACGGAAGCUGCGUGCUGAACGACGAGAACUUUGUCCUCGUCGGUUCCUUUGUGGCGUUCUUCAUCCCUCUCAUCAUUAUGGUGUUCGCGUACUGCCUGACCAUCCAGGUGCUGCAGAAGCAGGCAUUGGUCUUCAUGUACGGGGAGACCCCCAAGCAGAGGCGGAGCAGCAUGAGCUGCCUCAAGAAGGAGAACAACACAGAGAACCUCUCGAUGCUGCAGAACCACGAGGCCGCCUCCCACUUAAACUCUCCCAUGAACAAAGAAGGGGUGCUCUUCCGGAAGGGGACCAUGCAGUCCAUCAACAACGAGCGGAGAGCCUCCAAGGUCCUGGGGAUCGUCUUCUUUCUGUUCCUCAUCAUGUGGUGCCCGUUCUUCAUCACUAACAUCAUGUCCGUUCUCUGCAAGGAAGCCUGCGAUGAGGCUCUUCUCGGGGAGCUUCUGGAUGUCUUUGUGUGGGUGGGUUACAUCUGCUCUGGGGUCAACCCCCUGGUGUACACACUCUUCAACAAAAUCUACCGGAGGGCUUUCUCUAACUAUAUCCGCUGUCGCUACAGCAGUGGCAAAAAGUUGGUGCAGAGGCACAAUCAGUGUCCGAAUGUCUCCUCGACUGCUUUGUACGGGAAAGACAAUUUAAACAGUUACCGUAAUGGCAAUGAACUCAACAGCAUGGAGCUGGACGAGACAGAGGAUGCCUUGGAAAUGCAUGUAGGGACGUCGGAGCUCUCAAUAAAUAGCUGCAGUGGUGAAAAGACGAGUAGCGUGUGACAGAAUGUCAACACAUCUGCGCCCUGCCUAACCGUGUGAUGCAGUUACAGACAGUGUAUAUGUUAGACAAAGAAUGGUGUAAAUAAGCAUUCUGAACAAAGCUGCUGUUUUUUGUUUUUUAAUUUAAAUUUUCAUGUUUGUACCACAUUGCUUUCCAUCAUUCCUGAAUAGGGUCUAUAUUCACUGUGGGAAGCAGAGGAUUCCCAGGGCCUCUGUAGGGACAGAUCCAAUUGACAUCGGUUAUUUUGCUUAUAAAAUAUUGACCUUUAUUUUCUUUUUCCGUGCAUGAACAAAAUGCUAAUUAUUAAUACUCAGGUGGUAUUCUUUUGGAGUCCUCAAUGGUCCAUUAUGAGUAGUCGCAUCUUAAAUAAAGGGAUAUGGGAUUGGCCAGACCGUUCUUAUUCUAAUGUUGAUCGUGAAUAUACUGGAUCAAUGCAUACCAAUCUCCCCCUCAUACCGGGGCACAGAAUAAACUUAUGUAACCAGCCAA